UGAUACCAUCUUUGAUUUAUCAACACAAUCUACUUGAAUCGGUGCUUAUCCUGACCAUAUUAAACUAAACAAGCUUUGUAGAAGGAUUAUGAAGUUGAUUAAAAAGUGUUUUUGCUUUCUAUUGUAAACUCUGUAAGAAAUACACUGGUUUAUCUGGUUUCAUUUUAUUAUCAUUUUGCUUACAACAUUGUAUGUUAAAUUCAGACUUCAUUAUUAUAACGAUAACAAAGCAUCGUCUACCCCAAACCCAUUCAUUCUUAGUCAUACUGCUUGCAUUGCACUCUCAUUUCUGGUCUUGCCAUAGCAUUGGCCAAUAUUCAGGCUCAAUUCCAGAACGUGAAGUGAUAAAACAUUUCUGUAAAAACACUCAAAGUCAAAAUAACAGCUUUGAAAUAUCCACCACAAAGGAUUCAAACCAAAUAUGCACUAAAAGUGCCAUGCGUGCAGAUUUACGCAUAUACGCGAAUAAAAAAGCGUUGUCUCACAUGACUGCUUUCGUUUGACGUGAAUCCGUUUUGUGUUUUGUGUGCGAUUUUCUCCACAAAGCCAUGUUUUCUUUGGAAAUGUCCCA